ACCUGACCAUUCACCCCGUCCCAACUCCCAAACCCCUGACCAUAACCCCACGGCCCCGCCGCCUUCCUCCCGGCCGGCACCGUCUCCGGCGGCGAUGUCGCACUUCAGGCGCUCCGGGCCGCCGGAGAACCGCGACACCUUCUCCCUCCUCGUCCUCAACGUCUCCUUCCGCACUACGGCCGACGACCUCUUCCCGCUCUUCGACCGCUACGGCGAUGUCGUCGAUAUCUACAUCCCGCGCGACCGCAGGACUGGAGAUUCGCGUGGGUUCGCGUUCGUGAGGUACAACUAUGAGGGCGAGGCGCAGGAUGCCGUCGACGGGCUUGAUGGGAGGAAGGUGGAUGGGAGGGCGAUCAUGGUGCAGUUUGCCAAGUAUGGGCCCAAUUCUGAAAAGAUUCAUAGGGGUAGGAUUACAGAAGAAAUUCCAAAGCCAAGGGGUCAUUUCAGAAGCCGCAGUCCGAGAUGGAGGUAUCGAGAUGAUUAUCGGGACAGAGAUUAUAGAAGGCGAAGCCGGAGCAGAAGUAGGGAACGAUAUGACCAGGACAGGUACAGAGAUAGUGAUCACCGUCGCCGUAGCAGAACUCGCAGUGUUAGUCCUGAUUAUGACAGGAAACAUGACAGAAACAGUCACUCUCCUGCACAUAGAAGCCCUAGUCAUGGAAAAGGCCAUUCACCUCGUAGGAUACCUUCUUGUGAAGGAACUCCUAGCAGGCCCAGGGAUGGCCGCUCUCCACGUUCUGGAAGCCAUUGAGCCUAAGUUGAAUAUCAUACACAUGGACAGCUUGAGGGUGAGUGGACUAGAGCUUUGGCAAAAACAGGUCUGUCUGCUUGGUUACUGGAGCUAUAUGGUGGCAAUGGUGGAGUAUUCCAUGUAGCUGCAUUCGACUUCCAGUACUGCUUUUUGUGAACAUCUGAGCCGCCUUUGGGAGCUACAUACGUAUUAGAUAUUGUCAUCUCAAUACUGGAUGCUUACUAUAGCCGGUGACUUUUAUGUCUCUAGUUGUAUGAUGGAGCGAAGAGGUGUUUUGUUGAUAAGUGGUAAGGAUGCAAGUUGACAGUAGUAUUGCUGGUUUGCCUUGGAUAUGAUGGUGGUGAUCAUUUCACUGCCAUCCUUUGCUGUCUGUCAAAUGAGAGGUUCGACUGGCAGAUUGCUUGAUCAUUUAAAACCAUCUAUCAAGCACGUUUCUGCUUGCUCUUA